AUGUUUUCAUGGUUUUCGGGAGGGAUAUACUGUGACAUUACUACGUUUUAAGAGAAACUGAUUUAGCUAAAAGAAUCUAGUUUUUUUUCUUUUUUUAAAUUUACUGCAUUUCUCUUGUCCCACACUCCAGUCCAGCUGGUGGCGGUAACGCGCCUUUAAGCUGGUUUGCCAACCGCUAUUAAACACGCCGCACAACAACACAAGAAGAAGAAAAAGAAGCCGAAGGUACUCAACAUGUCGGGCUCCAGGCUGAUGAGAGCUAUCAGAGUGAGUGAGUUCGGGGGUCCGUCCGUCCUCAGACUCAGCUCAGAUGUGACUGUCCCGCAGCCCGAACACAGACAGGUGUUGAUCCGUGUCCAUGCCUGUGGAGUGAACCCUGUGGAGACGUACAUCCGCGCAGGGACGUACAGCCGCAAGCCCACCCUGCCGUACACACCGGGCUCUGACGUAGCUGGAGUGGUGGACACUGUAGGAGAGGGAGUCACAGCAGUAAAGGUCGGGGAUCGUGUUUUCACCACAGCCACAGUUUCUGGAGGUUAUGCAGAGUACGCUGUUGCGACAGACGACUGUGUCUACAAACUGCCCGCCGCUUUAGAUUUCACCCAGGGAGCAGCCAUAGGGAUCCCCUACUUCACUGCCUAUAGAGCUCUGCUUCACAAAGCCCACGCUAAGGCUGGAGAGACUGUCCUCAUCCAUGGAGCAAGUGGAGGGGUUGGUGUGGCAGCGUGCCAGUUGUCUCGUGCUCUGGGUCUCAGGGUGUUGGGGACAGCAGGGACACCAGAGGGAAUGAAGCUGGUUCUCAACAACGGAGCUCACCUGACUUUUAACCACAGAGAGGAGGGCUACACAGACAAAAUCAUGGAAGCCACAGAGGGCCGAGGUGUAGAUGUGAUCGUGGAGAUGCUGUCAAAUGUCAACCUCAGUAAAGACCUCCAGAUGUUGGCCUACGGAGGACGUGUCACGAUCAUUGGCUCCAGAGGCCCCAUAGAGAUCAACCCCAGAGACACCAUGAUUAAAGAGAGCAGCAUCAUGGGAGUGGCUCUUUUCUUCUCUACACCGGAGGAGAAGAAGGAGUGUGCAGCGCUGCUCUAUGCAGGGAUGGAAACUGGUUGGCUGCGUCCAGUCAUUGGUGCCCAGUAUCCCCUCGACAAGGCUGCCCAGGCCCACCAUGACAUCAUUGAGUCUCCCGGAGCUACUGGGAAGAUAGUCCUGACCAUGUGAUGAUGUGACCAGAUCACAGGUCAAAGGUCACCAAGUAGAGUUUAUAGAGUGGAUACUGUUGAGGAGCUGCUACAACAAGCACAAAAUGGUUAACAUGCUCACAUUUAGACAGGAAAUGAUUAUUGAAAAUGACCAAAAAUUGGUGCAAGAAGAUCCAGAGGACAGAAUUUUAAAAUGAAUAAUGGUCUACCAAUUAACUUAUGUCAACUGGUGUAAGCUAAUAUAACACACAAUGCACUUGUAUAUAUGUGUGGUUUUUUUUUUAAAUUUAAUAAUGGUGGUUGCAAAUAAAGGAACAAGACAAUGACAAUAAGGUACCUUUAACAUGAGUUUCAUGAAGAGCAAAUAAGAGGGAUACUAACAGGGAAUAAUGUAAAAAAUGUUUAAGUUUAAACAACACUCACUGUUGGUCCCAUCACGUUGCUUUUUACAGUACAAGACCAGCAAAGGCCACAGAAAAGUAGACUCAGUGCAUUCCUUUGGCUACAUUUGACAUUAAUGUGACCAUUGCCAUGUUUGUGGUAGCCGCCCCUCAAGAGUAUUUUUCAGUUAAGCUGUGGGUUUGGUCUUUAAGAAGGUGGUUUGGCUGUUAGUGAUGAGUUCUCAAGGUGAGAAUGACUUUAAUUCAGUUUGGAAGUAAUUAAUUUCAUUGCCGUUUGCUAGAGUGAGUGAAGACACUUGUACAAGAAUGAUAAAAAGUGUAAAAUUAUUACAUUUUCAAAGCUGUAUUAACAGAUUUUUUUGGCCACUAGGGGUCAGUAGAAGCAAGCUGUACACAACAUUAAUGUAUUAUCAAAAAUAUUCACUCUCCUUUUUGCUCUAUUUUGGUUGCUACUAACUCCUGAGAAAAAUAUAUGGCUCUUUGGCUGCUAAAGGCUCCACUAUCCUCUCAAGCUAGUUACUAACUUUAUCUGUUUGGCAUUUAGUGCUGGCCAAGUAGGUGGUACAGUGUGUGAAUCAGAACGUUUUCUCUAAAAACAGCUGAUUUCUGAUAAGAGUGAAGUUUGAGGGUUGGGGACCAAAACAAAAGAGCUGAAAAAUGCGAAGAGGCUCCAAAUAUUUGGGGGGAACUGCAGAGUGAGAGAGCACUAUGUGGCUCUGAGACUACUGCACAGGCGACGCCUUUACAGCAUUACACAUUGUAAUCUGAUCCAUUAAAUACUGAUUAAUGCAGCUUUAAGGGAAUGUUAAAGUUGUAAUGACCAAAGAAAACAUUGCACAUGCCUUCCUAUUGUACAUUAGGUUUUAUUUCAUCAUGAAGGUGCCAAAAUAUUUUUCAAGCUGCCACGUGAUGACUUAUGGCUACAACAUGGAAGCACUUGGACUUUUUAAUGUAAAUAGAAGAACAAAAUGCUGAAUGAAAUUGUAAUGAGAGUAAGAGAAUAUAAGUAUAUAAUAUAAGCUGACUUAUUUCUGACUGCGAACAAUGUUGCAAAUGCAAUCUUUUUUAUCAUUGGUUUUACAGACACCUAAAAAUAUAUACUAUGCAUACUUCUUAGAAUUCCCUGUGAAAGCAUGUGAAAAUUAUGAAGGGUCUCAGCAUUUCAUUACUGUGAAUUUCAUUGAAUUUAUCUAAAUGAAAAUAAAAUGAAUGAAAAAAAGGCAAAUAGUUUAAAGAUCUGUCUAUAUUAAUCCUAUUAAUCUAUAUAUUUGAU